AUGCCUUUCCGACCCUGGAUUAAGAAGGACAUAAAGCUCCCUACGGAAUUCAACCCCGGUCCCAGAGCCCAGAUUCCAACUAGAAUAAACUCCGACAAGGCUCACGAAGAGGCUUUACAUGCUUGGUCUUCUAUUCCAUAUAAACCUGCAUAUCAUGAGGAUUCCCUGGCAGCUCUAGAAGGCAGAGCUCCCACGAAGACAGCGAAGACCGCAAGAAGAACGCAUGAGAGUACUCGUGAGAGGACCCGCGAUAGGGCCCAUGAUAGGGUUCCAGAGAGGACCCUACAAAGGACUCAGAUCCCCGAAACCCUUUGUCAUGUUAUGCGACGAACGAUCACUAACUAUAAGAUUAGGGAUCUAACCUUACCCAAAUUCCUUUUCGCACUUCGACGCGAGAACGGCCCGGUAACCGGAAUCCGAGUAGAAGAUACGCACAAAUUCGUCUGCGCAUCACAUUUCGUUUGGGAGAUGUGCGCUGCGCUCGCACAGAACGGCGACGACCCAAAGUGGACGAGGAUAUUCAAGAUGUGGGAGCCGCAGUAUGCCGAGGUUAAGGCUCUGAUUGCGUCCUGCAAAGGUAAGUCAAGGUUUUCAGUAAUGAUUCCUUACCCACCGGUUGACAUUACGAUUGUUGAGCACCGCGCUCACCUUGCUUAUGGAUACGAGCGGAAAACAUUUCAGUUGAAGGGAACCGAGUUCACGUAUAGCAGCUCUUUACAUGUAUGUGACGAUCUGUGUGAGCUUCGCAAAUACCUCACGGUUCUUGCAGCUCGUCCUAAAUGGGGGUCGCUCAGUAUUACUUUUCAGCAUGAGCCUUGGUUCCCAGAGGGCAGGUAA